GUUCUGUUCUGGUUCCAGAUGGAUUCAGAGAAUUUGGAGUGACUCGUUGUGUCUUUAACUCGUCUGAGCUCAAAGACAUCCAGUUCAUCAGGUCCUAUUGUUACAACAAGCUGGAGUUCAUCAGGUUUGACAGCAACGUGGGGAAGUUUGUUGGAUACACGGAGCUGGGAGUGAAGAACGCAGAGAUCUGGAACAGCAACCCGUCACAGAUCGCAUCAGAGAGAGCUCUGAGGGAGACCUACUGCCUGCACAACGUCGGCAUCGACUACCAAACCGCUCUGGAUAAAUCAGUCGCCCCCACCGUGAAGCUCCACUCCAGGACGCCCCCUGCUGGCCACCACCCCUCCAUGCUGGUCUGCAGAGUUUAUGAUUUCUACCCUAAAACCAUCAAAGUCCGGUGGCUGAGAGACGGACAGGAAGUGACAUCAGACGUCACCACCACUGACGAGAUGGAGGACGGAGACUGGUACUACCAGGUCCACUCUACGCUGGAGUACACGCCCAGGUGGGUCAGAACCAGA